AUGGCACCCGCUCUCGUCGAGACCACCACUGUAGCAGAACACAUCAUAUCUGACAAGCAAGCCGAGGAGAUCCGCCAGAAAGACAGUCUCCAAGGCGAGCAUUCCAAAGAGGCCUUUGCGCAAGGUGAAGCCACCACGAAAUAUGAUGUGGAGCUGAAUGGCGACCAAAAGAAUCCUCCUGCAGCCUAUCCGCACUACUUGCCAUACUGGGACAACUCCAAACUUCCACCAUACGAGCCAUUCGAGCCUGUCGAGCCCGGAAAGAAUGCAGAUCCGGCAUUUCCCAAUUUACUUCCUGCUGGGAGCCAUGUGAAGGAGCUCACCGCGAAUAUUGGAGCCGAAGUCAGUGGGAUUCAAUUGAGCAAGUUGAACAACGCUGGAAAAGACGAACUUGCGCUCUUUGUUGCGCAGCAUAAAGUGGUAGCUUUUCGAGACCAGGAUUUCGCCGAUUUACCUAUUCAGGAGGCUAUCGACUUUGCAGAAUACUACGGCCCGAGUCACAUCCAUCCCGUAUCAGGCGCACCCAAGGGAUUCCCCAAAGUCCAUCUCGUGCACCGCAGCGCAUCCGACACGACCGCACAAGACUAUUACCAGGAACGAACGAAUUCCAUCACCUGGCACUCGGACGUGACGUACGAAAUGCAACCCCCUUCCACCACCUUUUUAUACAUUCUCGACGGACCCGUCGCAGGCGGCGAUACGCUCUUUUGCAACAUGGCCGUCGCAUAUCGACGCUUGUCUCCCGAGUUUCAGAAACGUCUGCAUGGCCUGCAAGCAGUCCAUUCGGGUCACGAACAGGCCGAAGCUGCUCUCGCGCGAGGUUCCAUCGUUCGUAGAGAUCCCGUCAGUAAUAUCCAUCCGAUUGUUCGCACGCAUCCCGUCACGGGUGAAAAAGCUCUAUUUGUAAAUCCUCAAUUCACCCGUCGCAUCAUCAAUUUCAAAAAAGAAGAAUCCGACCACCUUCUCAAUUUCCUCUACCAACACAUUGCGCUCGGCGCAGAUAUGCAGGUGCGAGUCAAAUGGGAACAGGGGACGGUUGUCGUGUGGGAUAAUCGUACGACUUCGCACACGGCAAUUUUGGAUUGGCAGGAUGGGAGUCGGAGACAUUUGGCGCGGUUGACGCCUAGGGCUGAGAGGCCUUUUGAGACGGGGUUUGAU